ACAAUUAAAUUCCUGGGUAUCUAAUGACACAUGGGCUAAAAUCAGAUUGCUGGGACACUGCAUUUGUUAUUCGGUGUUUUGAGCAUCGAUAUAAGAUAAAGAACGCACACGUCGUAUGGUAAAAAAAUAACAGACUUUAUUGCAGGAACGAAGAGUGGUUACAAGAAAAAUAACAGAGCUGUAUCGAAAAAAAGAAGUAAAAAGCAAAUAUUUCUUAAUGGG